UAUAUAGCAAUGGCGGCCAGUAGACAAAGCUCGCUUGCUGGACCAGAUGUAGAUGAGCAGAAAACCAGGUUUCAAGCCGAGUUGGAGUUUGUUCAGUGUCUGGCUAAUCCAAAUUACCUGACCUUUUUAGCACAGAGAGGGUUUUUCAAACAAGAAGAGUUUAUCAACUAUCUGAAAUAUUUACAGUACUGGAAAGAGCCAAAAUAUGCAAAAUUCUUGAAAUAUCCCCAGUGCCUGCACUUCCUGGAGCUGCUGCAGUAUGAAUAUUUUAGGAAGGAGCUUGUCAAUACUCAAUGUGCCAAGUUUAUUGAUGACCAACAGCUGUUACACUGGCAACAUUACCAGAGGAAGCGCAUGAGUCUGCUGCAGGCAGAACUGGAACAGCAGCAGGCCUCACAACAGACAGCACAGACAACGCCCGCACCAACACAACACAAGGACAAGUCUAGCUAGUGUAAUACAACACUGAACCCACAACACAAGGACAAGUCUAGCUAGUGGAAUACAACACUGGUCUAGCUAUAUAGUGUUAUAUAACACAGAAUCCACAAUACAAGGACAAGUCUAGCUAGUGUAAUACAACAACGUUCUAACUAUAUAGUUUUAUACAACACAGGACCCACAACACAAGGACAAGUCUAGCUAGUGUAAUACAACAAAGGACCCACAACACAAGCUCAAGUCUAGCUAGUGUAAUACAAUACAGUACCCACAACACAAG